CCGGAUUUCUCCGUGGCUGGACUCUACUCGUCUGGAUUUAGUUGGAGAAAGUUCCGCGUUUCUUCUCUCCCGGUGCGCGCGGUCUCGCACCUGGACAGGUGAGCUCCCUUUUUUUUCCCCGCGCGCCGGCCGAAGCCGAUAAGAAGACCCCCCCAUACCCCCCCUUCCCUUCCCCGGUCCCCCUUCCCUACCCUCCCUCCCCCCGCCCCCCCUAAGAUGUCCAAACCGGCCGACCACAUCAAGCGGCCCAUGAACGCCUUCAUGGUCUGGUCCCGGGGCCAGCGGCGCAAGAUGGCGCAGGAGAACCCCAAGAUGCACAACUCCGAGAUCAGCAAGCGUCUGGGCGCCGAGUGGAAGCUGCUGUCCGAGUCCGAGAAGCGGCCCUACAUCGACGAGGCCAAGCGGCUGCGGGCGCAGCACAUGAAGGAGCACCCGGACUACAAGUACCGGCCCCGGCGCAAGCCCAAGAACCUGCUGAAGAAGGACCGGUACGUGUUCCCGCUGCCUUACCUGGGCGACACGGAGCACCUGAAGGGUCUGCCGGUGUCCGCCGCCGCGGCCGCCGCCGCCGCCGCCGCCGCCGCGGACUCCCUGCUGUGCGCCUCGGAGAAGGCGCGCGCCUUCCUGCCCCCGACGUCGGGCCCCUACUCCUUCCUGGACCCCAGCCAGUUCGGCCAGAAGAUGGGCGAGAUGCCGCACUCCCUGGGCGCCGGCUCGCUGCCCUACGCCUCCUCCCUGGGCUACCAGAACGGCGCCUUCGGCCCGCUGGGCUGCCCCACGCAGCACACCCACACCCACCCGUCGCCCACGAACCCGGGCUACGUGGUGCCGUGCAACUGCAGCGCCUGGUCCGCGUCCACGCUGCAGCCGCCCGUGGCCUACAUACUCUUCCCAGGUAUGACCAAGACUGGCCUCGACCCGUACUCGUCCGCGCACGCCGCCGCCAUGUAACCGCGUCGGCUAUGCAUGCGCAGACGCGUGCACGGACAGAAAUCACGCGCGUUUUGGACUUUAAAAAAAAAACAAAA